CGUCCGUCGUCGUCACGAUGCCGUCGACGACGACGACGCCCGCGCGCGGCGGCGCCUUCGCGGCGCCGUCGGGGCAUCGCGACGUCGCGCGACGCGCGACGCGCGACGCGCGCGGAGGACGCGCGACGGCGGCGUCGAAAAAGAGCCGUCGUCAUCGCGCGCCGACGACGACGAUGCUCCCUCUCCGCGCGCACGCCGCGGAGGACGACCUCGGCGUCCUCGGCGUCGUCGCCGCCGUCGCCGCCGCGCGAAGACCACCGCGCGACGAGACCGAGACGAACGCCGGAUCCGACGCCGGAUCCGCCGCGAGUCGUUGUCGCGACGGCGACGUCGUCGAGCUCCGCGGCGUCGGCGUCAGCCUCGGGAUGCGCGCGGAGUGGUCGCUCGCGUUCGCCGACGACGACGACGCCGACGGCCUCAGCUUCGCGGACGCGGUGACGCUCUUCCCCGCGAACGGCGCGGACGCCCCGGACGCGCCGCCGCUCGCGUCGCGAAGCGGGUACGACCACAUCGCGGGCGUCUCGUGGGACGUCGAGCUCGGCGGCGGCGCGUGUCGCGCGAGUCGCCUCGACGCGGAGCAUCGCUCGCAGCUCGUCUCGUGGACGAGGACGGGGCAGUGGUGCGCGAGCGACGCGGCGAGAAGGAUGCUCCACGUCAAGCUGCUGCUGAAGGAUAUCGAGCUGGGCGCGCUCAUCGCGGAGCACUCGAUCGUGCCGGGGGGGAGGCAGAUGACGACGGAGAUGGCGGAGCCGGAGCCGCCGAGCGGAGAUGAGAAUGGGGGACGUCGCCGUCGCCGCACAGCUGGCGCAGCUGGCGGCGGCGGAAGAAGAGCGAACCGAAAGGGCGCCAGAGAGAAGAACUCUGGCGGACUUCCGUCGUCUUCGGCGUCUUCGUCGUCGUCCUCUCUCGACGCGGGCCCGCCGCCGCCGAUGCCGAAGCGCGCGAACGGCGCGCUCGUCGCGCUCGCGGUGAGAGGCGGGAAGAUUGGCGCGAGGUUGUUCCUGGAAGAAGCCGCCGAUCUCGGGUGGGUCCCGCGCCGGCUCGAGGUGGCGACGCCGGAGGGGCCGGAGGUGUGGCACUUCGCGGAGUGGACGCGCGAGGUGCGCGCGAACGGGCUGCUGCUUCCGCGCGUUGCGCACCAGACGUUGCCCGCGGGGAACACGUGCGCGUACGAGCUGACGGACGCGGCGACGGCGAAGACGACGACGACGUCGACGUCGACUUCGACGUCGACGUCGACUUCGACUUCGACUUCGAGCGUCUUCGCGCCGCCCUACCUCGGACUGCCUCCCUCCUCGGACGAUUGUUCGUGGCCUCCUACCUCGUACGCGACGUCGCGAGACGCCGCGGAGGCGAUCUGCGCGCGCGGCGAGGGCGGGCACGUCCUCGUCGUCCCCGAGCUCUCCGCCCCCGCGGGAGUCGGCGGCGGAGGAGGAGCGGGAGCGGGAGGAAGAGGAUCUUCCGGAACUUCCUGCUCCGCGCGCCCCGGAUGGUUCGUCCUCGACACGUCCUGCGCCGGGUACGCGAUCGAACCCUCCGUCGCGGACGCGCUCGCGAUGCCGUCGUUCGGCGAGCUCGCGGUCGUGGGCGUCUCCGCGGCGGCGCUGAGAGGGUCCAUGCGCCGCGGCGGCGCGUUGACCCUCGGCGCUGUCACCGCGCGCGCGCCGCUGUUCAUGGAGCAGGCGCUGGCGGCGGCGCUGCGGACGCCGUCGUUGGGGGCGAUAGCGGGGGGCGAUAUUGAUAACGCUUCUUUGGUGGGCGUUUUAGGCACAGACUUUAUGCAGCGCGCGGUCGUGGAGAUCCGGGCGAAGAGACGCGUCCCCGGGUCGCCCGACCCGGCGACGACGAAGGCGUUCUUCCACGCGCCGGGCGCGUACGCGCCGUCCGAUCGCGUCGCCGCGUCGUGGCAACGCGUCGAAUGGAUCGGCGGCGUACCGCACCUGCGCGUCAAGGUCACGGUCGCGAACGACCGAAUCACGUCCCUGGAGCCGCCGCCCGAGGGAGCGGCGUCUAAUAAAGCGGAAAAAGACGGGUGGACGGGCCGUCUGUUCCGGUUGUCACUCGGCGCCGGCGGCGCCGGCGUCGUCGUCGCCGCCGCCGCCGCGCGCGAGUGGCGCAUGGUCGAGCGCACCGUGGGGAUCCAUCCCGGCGGCGUGAUGUCCGGUCCGGGAGAGGACCGCGCGCGCCUCGCGCGCGUCGAGCCGGAGGUGGUGACCGGUCGGUUCGACGCGAUCGAGCUGAAGGGCGCGACGUUUCGAAAUAUUCGCGCGUUGACGCAUCUGAACGGCGACCCUCCCGAUCUCGCUCUGUCGCCGCACGCGGACGGGGUGCUGUGCGCGGAUCUGUUCCGCGGGUGCGUCGUCGUUUUGGACUUCUCGCGCGACCGCGUCGCGGUCGUGCAGGACGACGUCGCGGGGUGACGUGACGAGCGCGGCGCUCGAGAGACUGACUGACGACGGGGAUUGAGGAGUAUCGAUAAGCGCCAGUUUGAAAAGUAACAAUGCCGAAAGG